CAUAUGCAAACACGCUGGCACAGAAAGUAGAUCCGUCAAUGACGCAGGGCAGACCUCUCCUCAGACUUCAUCACAGAUCCACCUGAACCCGGCAGCUACGAGAGGUCGACAAUGGCGGCGGGCGUCAUAAGAAACUUCCUCGUUCAGGCCCCGACUCCGGCCUACUUCCCUCUGAUCUUCCAGCACUCUCCGUGCAAGGAGGACGAAGAUGUGGAGAUGCUGGAGGAGAACCCGCAGACGAGGGAAGAGGAGGAGGAAAGAGACGGAGACGAGUACGAGGAGGAGGAGGAGGAUGAAGAAUCUGAAGCUCAGGAGGAAGAGGAGGGAUGCUUGGAGGUUUUCCUAAAUCCCGCCCACUACGCGCUGGACGUGACCAAGCAGCUGCUGAGGUUCGCGGACCUCAUCAGCCGGGACGUCCAGCGGUAUUUCGGCCGCUGCUCCGGCGAUCAAGAAGCUUGUGACAUCUACAGCGACUCGGUCUCCGUGACGACCGGUGGGCGUCUGCGUUACUAUGACGACCUGCUGAAAAUUGCAAGAGAGGGAAGCCCGGAGGAGCAAGAGAACCGCUCGAAGGCUGGUGCCGAGGACCAAGGAGUCGGGGUUGCCAAGGGCAACGGCAGUUUGGGGCCCCUGGCUGAGCUGUUCAACCAGAGGGGCCAGAGUCAGGGCCGCAGCCAGCCGAUGAUCAAGAGGCUCCUCCCACUCAGCUUCUGGACCGAGCCCAUCCCCUGCUGCUCUCUGGUCAGUUUCAGCAGCACACCUGACGCCACGCACAGUGACACGCCUCCACAGGACAGCACACACACGGACUCUGACACACACGCGCAUCACAGCACACACACAGACUCUGACACACACACAGACUCUGACACACACCCGCAUCACAGCACACACACAGACUCUGACACACACACAGACUCUGACACACACCCGCAUCACAGCACACACACCAUGGAAAGCACUCAGCUGGACUUCAGUGACUUGCUGGCCUACUGGGACCCGAACCCAGAGCUCACACACACGCUGACGGAGAACACACACAUGCAGCAUUAGGCCACAGAUUCAUUCACAGAUUCAUUCACGUCCUUUUCAACCUUGUUACUUGUACACAAUUUAAUAAUAAAAAAAGAGAAAGAAA